AUGAAAUUCAUGGAAAAGCGUGAGGUUCGAAGCUCAUGGUCACUCAACUCUGUACGUUUCAUGCAAUUGGUUCUAGCGGUCACAAUGUUUCUCUCUAUGUCCUACAUGUGGCAACUCGUCAUGUCUCCAACCACAACAACUGAAGAAAUUGAAGCAACUGAUGCCAAAGAUGCUGCUGCCAAGCUCUUUCAAGUGGCAGAGGCGGGUCUGAUUGUACAUCGAGAUCGGUCACGCGCUCAUACAAAAUAUGUGGUGCAUGGCUUUGAAGCGGCGCACAAGUUUGUGCGUGAGUACAAUGUGGAGAUACAAGGACCGUUGUUCCUUUUGUUCUUGAGUGACACGGACACCAAUGGGAGCUACUGGUUUUCACCUUGUCAGCUCGCCAAGGAUGCAGUGAAUAUAGGUUUUGAUCGGGCACCUCGUGGUUCAAGAUUGGUGGAGAUUCAAGUGGGUCCAGAGAAUUACUGGAAUGAUCUGAUGAACCCGUUUCGACAGAAUCAGCUCUUUUACAUUGACUACAUCCCAUCACUUAUACGGUAUGAUGGCGGUGGGAACUCGUCUGCAAUGCUUGCAGGACCUAAUUGUCUUAAUCAAGAUCUGCUCGAUGUUGCGUUCAGAGUGAACAAACCAGCAGCAGGCGUGCCUCGUAAUAAUCGCAUCCUUCACUUCACUACUGCAAAAGAAGUGAUGGAUUUUGUCGCCUUGUACGACUACAGCUACCCACUUUUUCUGUUUUUCGUGUCGGGUGUGCACGCUUUCAACAACCGACUGUGGUGUCCAUUCUGCGACAAGGCAGAAGUACCGGUCAUGCACUACUUUAACUACACGGCGCCGGAAAAUGCAGUGUUACUGCGUAUUAUCGUUGCACGUGAACCUCAUCAGUGGUUCGAAGAAGACAAUGAGUUUAUCGGUCCCGAGUUUAGUGACAAAGUUGUCGUGUUUGACGGUGUGCCGUAUUUGGGCUUUGUAAGCAAGAGCGAGACCACCAAGAAGAUCAAGGUGACGGAGUUUGUAGCAGGCAUGGAUCAGCAUGCAUUGCUUGCAGCAUUCUUUAGACAGCAAGUGUCAAUCGUGCCAGCAGCAGCUUAG